UUGAGUGAGCCCCGUAUUACCAUAGCAACGUCAAACUCUGGCUGAACGAAGCAAUGGAUGCAGCGCAAGAAAGUGAAGAGAAAGUGGCUGACGGCACAUCGCCUGACAGUAAUGAUGACUUUAAAUGUGAAGACAUUUCUGUAGAAGACGAAUUGAGUUUAAAAGAAGGUGAAGAAGACUUGGAAGCGACGGUGAAAGCAAUCCAAGACCGGGCAGAAGCCAGUGCAAGGCCCAGUUCAACCAACAGAACAUCCAAACCACCAGCCAUAGUUGACUUUUUACGGAACUUUCUCUUCCAAAUGGGCAUGCCAGAAACCCUCGAUUGUUUUCAAACCGAGUGGAACGAGAUGGUGCAGAAAGGACUGCUGAAGGAAGAGGGUCUCACGGUGACCCCAUUCGUUCACAUUGAAAACCAGCGUCUGGAAAACGAGCUGAAAACCGCUCUGAAGGAGAUGGAGGAGUACAGGCGUGCAGUCUCUGCAGCAGCCGGGACUUUGGUGAGGGUGCAAAAAAACAGAGACUUUCACCGGAUGCAACAUAAGCGUGUUGUCCAGGAGAAAAACCUACUCAUCGAGGAGAUGAGGAAAGUCAAGAUGCAGUGCAACAGCUACGAACCUGCGGUGAAGCGGAUGAACGAGAAAUAUGAGGUCGUUUUAAAGCAGGUCAUGCUGGCGGCUUUGGAGAGGGACAAAGCCUUCAGGGAGGUGAACUCUUCGUCAGUUCAACCCUCUGUGGAGGGGGGGAACGGGGAGGAGAGGCGGGCGUAGAGAAAUACCCUUCAGUGACACAGCCGAGACCUCCGGGCCCUACGCACUCAAAAAAAUAAAUUGGGUUGUUGUUACAUUUA